AUGCACUGCAUGCGUCUCGCGUGUAUGUACACCGCAGCCCCGAGGAGGAGGAGACAGAAGAGGAGACAGCAGCCCCCAACAAACCCCACAACCUCAGCAGCAGCAGCAGCAGCAGCAGCAGCAGCAGCAGGAGACGUAUACACCGGAGCAGCAAACCACCGCGCGAGCGGCAGAGAGACAAAGAGAGAAGGCAGCAGCAAGCUGCUGUGCAGCAGGAAAAGAGGAAUAGCCAGAGACACUCGUGCUGCUGCUGCACCGGUUGCAUGCAAGACAGACACGGCAGCAAAGGCCGAAGGCCCCAGCAGCCACAGCAGCAGCAGCAGCAGCAACAGCAGCAGCAGCAGAUACUCUAUCACCACGCUACCCACACCACCAACACGCUGCGGCGGCUGCUGCGGCAGCAGCAGUGCCGGGCAGCAGCAGACAGCCAGGCAGUCCUCCUUAAAACCAUCAGAGAAGUUGUUAACAAAGUACCUGAGAGCAGCAGCAGCAGCAGCAGCAGCAGCAGCAGCAGCAGCAGCAGCAGCAGCAGCAGCAGCAGCAGCAGCCAACAGCAGCAGCAGAACGGCAACCAAGCAGCAGCAGCAGCAGCAGCUGCAGCAGCAACAGCAACUGCAGCAGCAGCAGCAACUGCAGCAGCAGCAGCAGCAGCAGCAGCAAUACCUAAAAAAGGAGUUUCUCGCGUCCAGCACCGCCCCCCACCAGGAGCGUUUGCCUGUGCGGGUAGCAGGUCUGACUAGGAAACGCAACCAAGAGACAGCACCGCACAGGCCCCUCAGCAAGCAGCAGGCAACGCUCGAUGAAGCAACAGCAACAGCAGCAGCAGCAGCAACAGCAACAGCAGCAGCAGCAGCAGCAGCAGAAGGAGCAGCAACGGCAGAAGUAUCAGCACUAUGUACACCACAAAAACAGAAGCAGGAGCAGCAGAAGGAGACAAACAAACAGACAAGGCGGAGCAGCAGCAGCAGCAGCAGCAGCAGCAGCAAUAGCAGCAGCAGCAGCAGCAGCAAGCUACAGCAUGCUCACCUGCCCCACACACCAGCCAGGGACAAGGCGGAAAUCUGUCUUCAGCGCGGGGGUGCCUGCCCCUCAGCAAGCAGCAGGCAACGCUCGAUGAAGCAACAGCAACAGCAGCAGCAGCAGCAACAGCAGCAGCAGCAGCGCCUGCAGCGGCAGAAGCAGCAGCAAGACACGCAGAGACCCCUGCAUGUCGAGCUGCUGCUGCAGCUGCUGCAGCAGCUUGCUGAGAUGCUCCCAGUGCAUGUUCUUACACUCCGCGUGAAAGUCAAACCUGAGCAGCACACAACGAAGCAGCAGCAGCAGCAGCAGCAGCAGCAGUAG